CAAUUUGCUCAGAACUAAGAAUUAUUGAAGAAAUUAAGCAAGAGCCAGCCUUGUCAUAAUAUUGAUGAAUUGAUUUUCUUUCAUCUUACUCACCCUUCAACAACCCCAUUAUAUUCUAUUCUAUGAUCUAAUUUUUAUAUAAAUAAGGGCUCCUCCAUUAUUUGUUAUUGUCCUUCAUCCUUAAUUUCAAUUAUGUAAUAUAGUAAGAUAAAUUCUUUUCGUACUGUGAUUGAAUAGGUCGUCCAACUUCAACCUAGCUAUCAUAAUGGAUGAAAAGGUGGAAACACUUGAAGCGGAGUUACAACUUGUGAGAGAGCAUAAUAAUACUCUAAGACUGAUGCUUGAACUUCUGAGCAGCAAAUGUACAAAGCUUUGGUCCCAUCUUCAAGAGAUCAACAAGGUAGAACAGAUUGGCAUCAGUUCAAAUCAAAUUGGGUCAGCAUCUAAACUUUAUACAAACAAGAAAGCAAGACUAGAGUUUACCACAGCAAAAAAACCAUUAGAAAUCUUUGUCAGAACCGACCCCAAUGAUGAUAGUAUGAUAAUAAAAGAUGGUUAUCAGUGGAGAAAGUAUGGACAGAAGGUUACUAAAGACAAUGCUUCACCUCGAGCUUACUUCAGGUGCUCCAUGGCUCCCAGUUGCCCAGCCAAAAAAAAGGUGCAAAGAUGCAUACAUGAUAGGUCAAUCCUUGUUGCAACUUAUGAUGGAGAGCACAACCAUGGUAUCAUUCAUAAGUCAUUAAGACCAUCUUCAUCCACACUCACAGGCACUUCAAUGACUAAUAAUUCACCUCUGACAAUCAUACCAAACGGCAAAGAUGCCAUGAACAUUGACUUUGCUCCUUCUGGUUGGGCUCAAACAGAUAUGAGACUUUGUGAGGAUGUCAUGCAACAACAUGACCAUGGCAGCAACAUCAAAAUUGAAGAAUAUGUAAGUUCUCUAAUUAAAGAUCCUGACUUCACAGUAGCAUUAGCUGAAGCAGUUGCCCGCACCAUCACUAGUCAGCGUAAGCAACAAGGUAUAAACCUCAACAUGGAUGUUCCAGAAGAAUGAUGUGAACGCUUUUUGCUCCCAACCCCACAACCCCAAAGCCAAUAUGAAAGUGUAAAGGUAUUUAUUUUAAGCACUUGAAAAAUUGUUCAAUCUGGCGAACGAAGAUGAAUUUUUUUAGAUAUAUCCACUAAUUCAUCAACCAUCGGAUUAUUUCGGUUCGAGCACUAUUGAACCCAUAUUGUCAAAUAAAGAUGAAUUUUAGUUCAGUGAAUGGUAGGCUAUAGCACUGACAAGUGAGAAAAUUCUCCUAAGUUUUCACUCCAUGGAGAAUGUAGGAUUUAGAAGAUAUAUAUAUAUAUGUGGAAGUUUGCAGUUUUCCUUAGUUUCUUUAC